AUGAGCGCGGCAGGCGGCGCAUCCUCGAUUUCUGUCACUGUUCGAGUUCGACCUUUUACCAUCCGAGAGGCUGCUCAACUCACCAAAUGCGAUGAUAGUCCAUUUCUUUUGGGGGAUGGCUCACUGGCUGCUGUGCCGACGCCCAAACUGGCUCAAAAGGGUCUUCGCUCCGUGAUCAAAGUCGUGGACGACAAGUGCUUAGUCUUCGACCCUCCCGAAGACAAUCCCGUGCAAAAGUUCUCGAGAUCCGUGGUACCGCAAGGCAAACGUGUCAAAGAUCAAACGUUCGGCUUUGACAGGAUAUUCGACGAAAACACCUCACAGGGCGAUGUCUACGAGGCUACCACUAAAUCACUGUUGGAAAGUGUACUGGACGGAUACAACGCGACUGUCUUCGCAUAUGGCGCAACAGGUUGCGGGAAAACACACACCAUCACAGGUACUGCUCAGCAACCAGGAAUCAUUUUCAUGACCAUGCAAGAGCUGUUCGAGCGAAUAGGAGAGUCCACAAGCGACAAAGUGACGGAGGUGUCGUUGUCGUACCUCGAGAUAUACAAUGAGACGAUACGGGAUCUGCUGGUUCCCGGUGGCAGCAAAGGGGGUUUGAUGCUAAGAGAGGACGCCAAUCAAGCCGUGUCUGUGGCUGGCUUGUCGAGUCACCAUCCACAAAAUGUCGAGCAAGUCAUGGAAAUGAUUAUGCGGGGCAACGAACUCAGAACAAUGUCCCCAACAGAGGCGAAUGCCACAUCGUCACGAUCCCACGCUGUGCUGCAGAUCAAUGUGGCGCAAAAGGACCGAAAUGCAGCGGUCAACGAACCACACACCAUGGCCACUCUGAGCAUUAUUGACUUGGCUGGGAGUGAACGCGCAAGUGCCACCAAGAAUCGAGGUGAGAGACUGAUAGAAGGGGCAAAUAUCAAUCGGUCACUUCUUGCUCUUGGUAGCUGCAUCAAUGCGUUAUGCGAUCCUCGAAAACGAAAUCACGUCCCGUAUCGAAAUUCAAAACUCACGCGACUGCUGAAAUUCUCCCUCGGUGGUAACUGCAAGACGGUCAUGAUUGUAUGCGUUAGUCCUUCGAGCCAACACUUUGACGAGACGCAGAAUACAUUGCGGUAUGCGAAUCGGGCCAAGAAUAUCCAGACGAAGGUGACGCGAAACGUGUACAACGUCAACCGCCAUGUGAAGGACUUCCUCGUCAAGAUUGAUGAGCAGAUAGCUUUGAUCAAUGAGUUAAAGGCUAAGCAGAAGGAGCAGGAAAGUAUCGCGUUUGCCAAGUUCAAAAAGCAAAACGAGAAAAAGGAAUCCAUAGCUCGAGAAGGCAUUGCUAGGAUCCGAGCUGCACAUGAGAAUGCGGCGGCAGAACGACAGGAGAAAACCAACAACAUGAUCAAGCUGCGGCAAAUUGGCAGACGGAUUGCUAUGUUAUCGUCUUGGAUUGCAGCAUUCGACAAUGUGUGUGACAAUUUUGAAGCAGAGGAGCCAAUGAAGAAUAUGCAGGCAAUUCGAAGGACAGCACAAGGAAUUAUGGUUGAGCUAGAGAAUAGCAGACAUCAUUGCAAUCAAAAGCUAGCCAAAAGCACAUGGGACAGAUCGCUGAACUCGGCGUUGGACAAUGGCUUACGACAGCUGAAAGAGGUUGAAACUGGCGAUGCCUUGGACGCAGCAACGUUGAGCAGAGAAGUUGAACUGCUGAAAGCGAACGUCGAGCGCGACGCUCUGCUUGCAGUGGCAGAGCAAGACAAGCUUGGUGAUGCAGCAACUGUCCAGGUACUGCUGCAAGCUCAUUUCGAAACGAUAUCACACAUUGAAAGCUUGAACCGGAUGAGCGUGGACGAAGCCGUGGAGGCAGCAACCGGCAUUCUCAAUAAGAUGCUGAUGUCGUGCACUAAAGCCACAUCUCAUGUUGUCAAGCCGGACGGCAGUAUAGCGCCUGUUGAGCUCUUCGCUCCGACGAAGUCAGGAACACCGAAGCGAAGAAAGGUCAGCGCAGUUCCAGGCGUCUCGCCUGUUAGACCGGUGAUGCAUGCUGCAUUGGCAGUGGCACCUCACCUUUCCUCAACCCCGGUGAAGAGCUCUCCAAAGCGAAAAUUGAUGGGCAGCGCCAGGAAAGGACUGAUUAUCACCCCCAAGAAAAGGAGAUCUCCGAUCAAAGGACUGAAGAGGGGUGUCCGAUGGAGAGAUGACACCGAAGAUGGCGCACUGGCCGAGUUCGAAAAGACACCUCAAAGACCAGAACAUACCCCAGACGCAGAAGUUUCCAGCGCUGAUGCGACACUCCCACCCGUUUCGACUCUCACAACUUCGCCCUUAGAAACUUCCAGAGAGCCUGAUUCCUCUCCACUACCCGACCCCCCACAAGCAGGGAUGCCGGUCAUCGAAAGCAAAAACAAUCGCUUUAAAACCGGCUUCCUAUCCAAGAGAUCCGACACUGGCUCACCACCCUCGACAUCCAUGCUCCCACCAGCACCUACGAUGACCCGCCUCUCCUCCUCAGACACCGAGCAAUCUCCCCUCCGCGACAUCGAACCAGGCCACGCGCACAACCGCCGUUCCUCUAACAAUCCACCUCCUGCCUCCACUGCAGAAAAUUCCGGCUCCGAUACGGAGAACAAACCGUCUUCCUCCUCCUCUUUCACCGCGGCUGCAAGCACAAAAUCCGAAGCCAUCAAGAUCCGUGCCGCCAUGAAACGCGCCUCCCUCGCCUCCACUUCGGCUGGGACGCCAGCUUACAUGCAGUCGCACUCGAGGAGCCAGCACCGGAGGAGAAGCCCUACCGCUGCUACGGCUGUUUCUUCGGGAUCACCGCCUAAUGGGGAAGCUUUGUUUUCGGCCGGGCAGGCGAGGAGAAUGAACAAUGGGAAUGGGAGGAGUGAGAAGGAGCAUAGCCAGGAGUGGAGGGCUGGGGUGCUGAGUCCGAGGGUGACGGGAGUGGUGGGGAAGAGUGGCGGAGUUAGGAGGAUGACCAUGAUGGGUGUGGGUGAAGAGAGGAGGGGGGAGAGGGCUGAACGCGCGCAGGGCAUUGGCAUUGGGCAGGGGCAUGGGCAUGGGCAUCAGAGGAUGAGUAGUGUGAAUGGGAAUGCGCAUGGCGGUGGUGCGAGUAGAGGCUCGCUGAUGCCGGGUGGGAAGGGCGUUUGGCGAUAA